AUUUAAGUACAACGUGUCGAAAGGGAAUAGUGUGGAAUAAAUUAGCAGGAAUUUCGAAGGAGGUGAUUACAAUUGCUAGCAAUAACGAUCUACCAGUGUGAGUGGGAGUUGCAAAUAUACUUCUGCCACAUUUUAGGAUACAUUUGGCAAACUUAAGUUUUUGGUGUACCAGCUGAAUGAGAAUCCUGAACGUAUUGUGGACGCUGCUGAAAAUGCUCUACCAACUGCUAUGGUGUUCGGCGCGACUACUCUCCCUGCUCUUUAAUGUUUUUUGGUUUGCCUGCAAUCUUGCCUCGGCCUGUAUUCCCUGGAUGACGUUAGUGCUGAUGGUCGCUUGUGUGGCUUCUAAGUUCGCGAAGUUACGUAGCCCAGACGAAAAACGAUGGCUUAGAUUACUUGGCGGUUGCGCACCUGAAGAGCUAACUUAUUGGCCUAUAGCUAAUCGCGGUGCGGGUUAUGAUGCGCCCGAAAACUCCAGAGCAGCAAUCAAAAAGUGUUUGGCACGUGGCUAUCGAAAUAUACUGCUGGAGGCCGGUUUGACAGCGUGUGGUGAAAUAGUGAUAGUAAAUCGUACUACUCUAGAACGAGCCGGUUUGAUGGGUGGUAUUGCACGAUACACAUUGGAUGAAUUACGUAAAUUGAAUAUAACAGAGCUACAUCCUUUAGGCUCACAAUUUGAAGCUGAACAAAUACUUACGCUUAAAGAGUUAUUGCAAAUUUUGGACGAAGAACAGCGCAUAACUGUAUUUUUACAUAUUUUGGACAACAGUGUACGCAUGUUAGAACAAUUAAGAGCUACAAUAAAAUUUAACGCACAAUUCACAUCACGCACAAUACUCAUCAGUCGUUCACCAUAUGCCAUUUACCAGUUACGUAAAUCACAUCCGGAAUUGAUAUGCGGGCUUUGGACGGAGAAAUCGCUUUCAUUGGCACUUUUAAAGGCGUCAACACUCAUCACAUCGAUCUAUGGCGCCUUUUUUCGCAAUAUCAUUGCGCCUGUAAUCGGAAUUAGUGUUGUUUUUGUUAGCAAGGAAGAAUUUAAUCUUCACAUUGCUGAAUUAUGGCGCAACGUAGGUGUUCGCCCACUAGUAUAUAAUGUAAAUUCGCCCAACGAAAAACGCUAUUUUCAGAAGACGAUGAAAACCCAAUAUCUAACCGAUUCUUUACGCUCUGAACCUCAUCUCCUAAUGAAAGCUUAAUUCAAAUGGUUGGCUUUCCGGUUUUCCAUGUGUACAAGGAACUAUUAUUACCAUAAUGUUUUCUCCAUAUCUGCUUGAAAAGUAGUGUCCACACCGUCCCUACAAUUUUAUAUUGCACCGAUGUAAAAACAUGUGUUUUUACAAAUAUUUUGCUGCCAUCACAAAUACGACACACAAAUUGACAUGGCAUUUACAUAUGCGCUUAUGCUUUAAUACGAAACCAUUCAUACUUAUUGCUUCUUUAAUUUUAUCAGAGGUAAAUAUUUUUAAGCCGCAGAUCCCAUAUUUUCACUCGACGCUGUCAUUUCUACAUAAAGCCAUCACAUAAGAAGCUGUAAAGUAUUGCGUACAAAAUAAUUUUUGAAUAGAACGAACAAAAUAGAACGAAAAAAUUAGAUAAAAACAAAAUAAAUAUAAUGAGUGCGAUUAAAUAGCAUAAUCAAAAAUAAAAUCUAAUAAAUGUAGAUAUGUUCCAAACUCUAAAAGUGCAUUUGCGGUAUUUUUUUUAUAUACAUUUAUUUUGUUUUUAAUUGAAAACGAAACUUUAAAAAAGUUGUAAAUUAAAUUAUUUAGUUUCUAUUUUUUUUUAUUGAAAAAUUUUAGUCUGCUAACAUAUCUUUGUAACCGAUUGUAAUUUUAAGCACAAUGAUUAUUUUCUGUGACAUUUUGAUAAUACUAAAUUCGUACAACAGCGGUGAUAUACUCACACUUGAAGGAUGCAAUUUUAUUAUAUAAGUUUAUUUAUUACAAAAACUAAUAAUUAAUUUUGUUUAGUUCUUCAAACAAUUUGCAUCCACUGUUUAUGUGUACACAGUUUUGUAAUUAUCUUAUUACUAUAUUCAUGCUCAUGCAUAUGCAUUUAUGUAUACAUUUUUUUAUUGUAAAUUGUAUUAUUUAUUUUAUUGUUUAUUAUUAUUAUAUUUGUUAUAUAAUUUAUUUUAGUUAACUAUAUAUAUAUUUUUUAAUUUAAUAUUAUUAUUCAAUGAUUUAUGCAUGUUUUAUUUGCGACUUUUUUGAAAAAAAAACUUUUGCGAGUGCACAAAAUCAACAGAAGCUUCAAUAAUAUUUUGCCGCAAUUAAAUAAUUUACAUACAUAUUGUACUUUUCAUAUAUGUCAGUCUAGUUAUACCAAAAAUUUGUAUGUAAGCUCAAACGUACGAUAGUAUGUAAUUAAUUAUUUGUAUGUAUGUCCUUAUAUGUAAAAGAAGCUAUUAAAUAAUAAAGAUAACACAAUUUUAUUUACCAGUGUCGAAAAAAAAAUUUGUUAUUGAAUUUGUUUGAUUAAUGUGUAACGGGAGUUACUGAUGCGAUUCAACAUAUACGGUAUUAAGUCCUUUAACUUCAGGAGAUUUUGUAGUUGUACAAAACAAAAAUAAUUCUUGAAAAUAUAUUGGGCAAUGUUUCAGUACUUCCUAGCUAAAACUACUAUGGAACAAUAACAAUUUACUAUUCACCGGACAAAGGUUUCAUAUAUGGUAAACGCUCUUCUUCAUUACUCCAGCGAAUGAGACUUUUUUGCUGUGUAUAAAGAAAAUUUAAUAUGGCUGCUGGUAAGAAUUUUUGCACCUUCGUCUUCCACAAUCAGACCUUUUCUGUGUUUACAUAACACAGUUUAUAAGCUGAAUACUGCGCUGAUUUUAAUAUGAGAUAAAAUCAAGAAAAAACGGUAAAUUCGCUUGCACCGAAGCUCUAAUACCCUUCACAAAUAA